CUCGUACGUAGGUACCGUCACUAUAAGGCUAACCUUGUCAGGUCAAACGGCAAUCAUACGAUGUCUGAUGCCCCUGGCCCAACCCUGCCACCCGACCGUCGAAUGUUUGUCUUUUGUAGUGCCUCUUGUUCUUUUGUUUUUGCAGGCUCUUUUUCUUCACAUGACCUCGUGUUCCCCUUUUUUUGCAGGUCUCUUUUUUUUCUUCUGUGGGUAUGUUUUUCCUCCGUGUCUUGCCUCUCCCACGUAGGCACUCUGUCCUCCGCCGACACCUGUGACGAUGAAGUAGGCUAGCUAGCUAUCUAAUGGGCAAGAGGAUGGCAAGAGAUGGCAAAAGCUACAAGAAGAUAAACGAAGAUAGGAAGGCAAGGAAAGGUGUCGACGAGUGGCCACAGGCGCGCUUGGGAGG